CAGUUAUCACAGUUACACAGCACGCAUGGUUACCGAUCGACAUGCGGCCGAAUAUAAUAUGCGCCACAAGAAUCGAGGAAUGGCAUUGAUUUUCAAUCAUGAAAACUUUGAGGUCCCCACGUUGAAGUCACGCGCAGGCACCAAUGUCGACUGUGAUAAUUUGGCCCGUGUACUUAAACAACUGGAUUUUGAUGUGAAAGUAUUUAAAGAUUGCAACUUAAAGCAAUUAAAACAACAUGUAGAAUGGGCGGGGCAGCAAGACCACAAGGACAACGAUUGCAUUUUGAUUGCUAUACUCUCACAUGGGGAACUUGGUUAUAUUUAUGCGAAGGAUGUGCAAUACAAAUUGGAUCAAAUAUGGGCUUACUUUACACCGCAGCAUUGCCCAAGUUUGGGAGGAAAGCCUAAGCUGUUCUUCAUACAAGCUUGCCAAGGUGAUCGCCUCGAUCCAGGUGUAACAAUGAAGCGAGCUGGUCGUACCGAAACUGACGGCGAAUCAUCAAUGAGUUAUAAAAUCCCUUUGCACGCUGAUUUUUUGAUUGCCUAUUCUACUAUACCGGGAUUCUAUUCAUGGCGCAAUACUACACGAGGCUCUUGGUUUAUGCAAUCUCUCUGUGCCGAAUUGGCAGCGAAUGGUAAACGCUUAGAUAUACUCACACUGCUAACAUUCGUGUGCCAACGAGUUGCAGUUGACUUCGAGUCUUGCACUCCGGACAAUCCUGAAAUGCAUCAACAAAAACAGAUUCCAUGCAUUACUACAAUGCUGACACGAAUUUUGCGUUUUAGUGAUAAAACGGCACUGCGAUAAGUCCAAUAGUUUACUGAAAAGUAAAACCAUCCAUGGUGAAUAUUUUGGAAGCGUUGACAAAGCUUCAGAUUUUAGUUCAAACAAUUAUUUUCUCAUCUAAGAUUAAAAUUUUACUCAUUUUAUAAAAACAGAUUUUGACGACGAACUUUUGGUAUUUUUUUAAUAAACAGUAUCUCAACAUUUAAGAAAAUAAAUACAUAUGCAUGUAUUUGCGUUUAUAUACGCAUGUAAUUUCUAGUGAACGUAGCGGUCCCUGAACUAAUCAUUUGGGCGACAUUCCAAACGAAUUAGAUAUCCAACGAAAUAAGCCACUUUCCAAGUACAUAUUAAGAAUUUUUAUAUGCUUUUAUACACGUUUGACUUGCAUAUACAUUUUAUUCAAAUUUUAAAUGUUCUACUAUACAUAGUAUGUAAUCUUUUUGUCGCAAAAUCAUGCAUAUAGACAUAAGAUAGACUGCCAUGUUUGUAAGCUCCAAUAUACAUAAAUAAAAUAAUUCGCACGAAAAAA